CUGCUGCAUUUGGAAAUAUUCUAUGUGCCCUCGUGUCUGUCACUGUAGGAAGAGGAUGAAUAUUUUCGCGCAUGGAAGAGUUGGAUUUUCUCAUUAUAAGGCAGGUAUAGUUUUUGUGAAUGAUUACUGAUGAUUUCGGGUUUAACCAUGGAACAAAGAAGGUACGAGCCAGGAAGGGUGAGAGGAUGUCUGGUCGGCUGUGUGGUUGCUGUGAUUUUGUGGAGCGUGGUAUCGGCGGAAAUAACAUAUUCCAUUUCUGAGGAAGUUAAUGAAGGAACUGUGGUUGGAAAUAUCGCAAAAGAUCUGGGAUUAGAUAAAAGCACACUGAAAGACAGGAAGUAUCGGAUUGUUUCUGGUAACGCGGAUCCCCUUUUCCAUGUAAAUCAAAACGAUGGCAUCCUGUAUGUGAGCCGAAAGAUUGACAGAGAAGAGGUGUGCGCGCAGAGCAGUACAUGUUUAAUGAAUCUGAAAACCGUGCUAGAAAACCCACUGGAGGUACACUACGUUGAAGUAGAGGUUGUGGACAUAAAUGACCAUUUUCCCAGCUUCCCAGAUAAAGAGACAACGUUGGAGAUAUCGGAGUCUGUGUUGCCCGGAGCAAGAUUUCAGCUAAAACCUUCACGGGAUCCAGACAGUGGUCAUUUCUCCGUGCAGCAAUAUAAACUUAGCCCAAACGAUUAUUUCCGUUUGGAGGUUCGAGAUAAAGGAGAGGAUGGUAAAAUACCGAUAUUGGUUGUUCAAAAAUCUUUAGACAGGGAAUCUGCAAGCAGCCACUCAUUACAACUGACCGCACUUGAUGGAGGAAAACCUCCGAAAUCCGGCGAAAUGAAUAUUCUUGUAAAUGUAUUGGAUAUUAAUGAUAACGCGCCGGUUUUCUAUAAAGAUGAGUAUUAUGUGAUGCUCGAUGAAAAUGCAUCAGUAGGUACAACAGUCAUACAAGUGAAUGCAACCGAUUUAGAUGACGGCACGAACGGAGAUGUGAUUUACUCAUUCAGCAAGAGUAUGAAUCAAAAUAUAUUAAAACUCUUUGAUAUCAGACCAUCAACAGGCGAUAUAAUUGUUAAAGGCCCAAUAGACUAUGAGCAAAAAGACAAGUACGAAAUUGAAAUUGAAGCAUCCGAUAAAGGUUUCGCCCCGCUAACAACAGAGAAAAGCGUCAUUAUCAAGAUAGUUGAUGUUAAUGAUAACGCACCUGAGAUUGAAGUUACCUCAUUUACAAGCUCCAUCCCUGAAGAUUCCAGACCAGGAACUACAGUUGCCCUUAUCAGUGUAAAUGAUUUGGACUCUGGUCUGAAUGGAAAAGUUAUUUGCUCCAUAGAUGAGGACGUUCCGUUCACUUUAACACCAUCUUUAAAAGACAAAAUGUAUUCAUUCGUCACCAAAUCCCCUCUGGACAGAGAGAAACAGUCACAAUAUAUCAUAACAGUCGUUGCAAAAGACGCUGGUCAUCCUCCAUUAUCAUCUGAGAAAACAAUAAGCGUUGUGGUGUCAGAUGUGAAUGACAACAGUCCAGAGUUUUCACUGAGUCCCUAUACUUUCUAUGUCACUGAGGGUAACAACCCAGGAGCCUCAGUGUUUUCUGUUAACGCGUCUGAUCGUGAUGAGAACGACAACGCUCUCAUUUCAUACCAUAUUGUCAGAGACAGAAGCGAAGAAAACAAAGUGGCUUCAUUUCUCAACAUAAACUCUGAAAACGGAGACAUUUUGGCGCUAAAAAGUUUCGACUUUGAAACUCUGAAAACGUUCCAGUUCCAAGUUGUUGCCUCAGAUUCUGGAACUCCGUCACUGAGCAGCAACGUCACAGUGAACGUGUUCAUUCUGGAUCAGAACGACAACGCUCCAGUCAUCCUGUAUCCAGUCAGCUCUAACGGUUCUGCUGAAGGUGUGGAGGAGAUUCCCCGCAAUGUGAACGCAGGACACUUGGUGACUAAAGUCAGAGCCUAUGACGCUGAUAUAGGAUAUAACGGCUGGUUACUCUUUUCACUGCAGCAAGUCACUGACCACAGUCUCUUUGGUUUGGACCGCUAUACAGGACAGAUCAGAACACUUCGCUCCUUCACAGAGACAGACGAGGCUGAGCACAAACUGAUCAUACUGGUCAAAGACAAUGGGAACGUGUCGCUCUCAGCAACAGCUACUGUGGUGGUCAAACUUGUGGAGCCCAAAGAGGCUUUUGCAGCUUCUGACGUUAAAAGUUCAGCCAAAGAUGAGGAGGGGACCGAUGUGACUUUUUAUCUGAUGAUAACUUUGGGCUCAGUUUCUGUACUUUUUCUCAUCAGUAUCAUUGUGCUGAUUGCAAUGCAGUGCUCUAAAACCACAGACUAUACUUCUAAAUAUCUGCAAGAGACUAAUUAUGACGGGACACUGUGCCACAGCAUCCAGUACAGAUCUGGAGAGAAACGGUACAUGUUAGUUGGACCCAGAAUGAGUAUAGGAUCUACUAUAGUACCGGGCAGCCACGCGAAUACACUAGUGCUCCCUGACAGGAGGAGGGGAUCUGGAGAGGUAAGACAGGUCACUUUAUUUCAAGGCAGCUGUAUGAACGGUAGUGACAGAUGAGAUGCAGAUCCUAAUGAUUAAAGUGCCACAAGUACUAAAUCACACCACUUAAACACAAUAGCUGUAUAGAAAUGUACCUCAGGCCUAAAAUUAAUCACUAGGGGAAAUAAGGAGGUACUGUGUUAUGAGACUGCUAAGUUAAGUUGCUUGUUUACAUGUGGUUGUAUGGUUAGUUGGAUGUUAAUUGAUUAGUAAAUAACCGAUUGGACUGCA